AUGGCAUCUCGUGGUAAACGCAAGCGAGGAAGGAAGGACAAAGGCCCUAACAAGGCUCUCAAGAUCCAGAAAGGAGAUGACGGUUCCCAUGUCACUGGAAAAGCAAAAUCUGUGCGAGCAAAGCCCACUGCCACCAAGCCGAAGGCCCUAAAGGAAUCGGUUCCUGCUUCUCAGGCAGAGCAAGAAGCAACUGAAGCAAAACCGUCCAAGCGAGCCAACCCAGACGCCGUUCGCAGAGUCUCAAAGCUCGGCAUCCUCCAGGACCUUAUCGAUGCAUUGCGACACGAUGCCUUGAGGUCCCACAUGGACUUCAGUAGGCGGUUUCGCCGCCUGGAAGCCCGAGUCGAGCAAUUGGAGAAUGCGGCUUCUGCGGACAAGAACCAUGGCGAGCAAGACUUCGAGGAGUCGCAAUAA